AUGAGGUGCCACUGGGUUGUUUUUGCCUCACAUCUUCUUUUGCUGCCACUAAAAGUGUGGUGCGAGCCAGUCAUCUCUCCCAGGGGGCCUCACAUAGUGGUUCCCAAGAGGGGGAAGCUGGAGCUGCGUUGCCACGACAACAACACAACUUCUAGCGCCCCACCCAGCUUGAGGUGGCAGUGGGAGAGGUCCCGCAGGCUGGAGGGCGAGGUGGAAGAUGGCGGAGUAGCUUAUGUCAAGGUGCCAUCGGUGCAGGGCUUCCACAUGGGCCGUUAUGUGUGUGUCAACAACAUCACCCUGGAACACAGCUCCAUCUACGUUUACGUGAAAGAUACCCAUAAUGCCUUCCAGCGCACCAUGGUGAACGUCAUCCUGGUGCGUGCAGGUGAGGACUGCACCAUCCCCUGUCUUGUGACCGACCCUGAGGUCACACUCCUGGCGUUGGACACCUGCGAUGGACGACCUCUGCCCCUAGAUAUGAGUUUCCGCAGCAAUCUCCAGCGAGGUGUCAUCAUCAGCAACGUGAGAAAGGAAUAUGAGGGCUGUUACGUUUGUGUGGGACAGCUGCAUGGACUCAAAGUGACGUCUACCCAAUACACUGUGGAUGUACGACUCGUUCCGUUGGUGCCGCCGGUGAUCACGCUGUCCCAGAAAGACACGGUCAUCUUGAGGAAGGGAGAGCAGUUUGCUCUGACCUGCAGCUCCAACAACGUGAACCCAGAGUUCAGCCUCAAGUGGGACUUCCCUUCAUCAGCGCAUCCUAAUGAAUCUCAGGCCUCGCACAUCCUGUCCGGCUCCCGUGGAUAUCAACGCGGCACGACGCUCUUAAUCACAGGCGUCGACCAAUCAGACUCAGGCACCUACCGCUGCUACGCCCACAAUGAGAGAGGCUCCAGUGCUGUAACGCUGCAGCUGGACAUCCGUGAUCAGGGGUUCAUCACCAUGAAAGUAAGUCCAGGUCCGGUGCAGGCGGAUGUGAAAGAGGGGGAGAGCCUGAGCCUCAGAGUAGAAUUAGACGCCUACCCUUCCCCCAGCUCUCUGUCCUGGUCUUACAACGGCAAGCGGCUCCUCAACACCACGGAGCACGUCAUCACCAUCCACCACCGCAAAUACAGAUACAUCAGCGAGCUGAGGCUGGUGAGGGUCCUCGGCUCGGAGGGCGGGAUCUAUAAGUUCUCAGCCAGUCACGAGGAUGCAUCGGUCAAUCAUUCCUUCCACGUAUACGUCAGCAGUAAGCCUGUUAUCAUCGCUCAGGAGGGGCCUGUUGAUGGACAGGUGCGCUGCAUAGCUGCAGGUUACCCAGUGCCCAAAAUCAGCUGGUAUUUCUGUGAGCUGCCCCACACCAGGUGCUCACACCUGCCGAAUGCCACCCAAUCGGAGAUGCCGGAGGUUGCCAUGGUGACAGAGUCCGCGUUUGGUAGGAGCGAGGUCGAGAGCCGAUUGAACGUCAGCAAGGAGCACGCACAUUACCACACCCUGGAGUGUGUGGCGAGUGCGGAGGGGGAAGAGGCCUACACGCUGUUCUCCAUCAGUGAACGCAUCGUCCCCCAUCAACUCUUCACUCCUCUUCUCACCGGCAUGGUGGCGACCGGCAUCUUACUCAGCCUCAUUCUGCUGGUGCUCCUAUAUAAGUACAUGCAGAAACCAAAGUUUCAAAUCCAGUGGAAGGUCAUUGAGAGUAUCCAUGGCAACAAUUACAUAUAUAUUGACCCGACGCAGCUGCCGUACGACUCCAAAUGGGAGUUUCCUCGACAGAAGUUGCGCUUUGGUAAAACCCUGGGCUCUGGGGCCUUUGGAAAGGUGGUGAGGGCCACAGCGUACGGACUCUGCUCCGCGGAUACUGUUACAACUGUCGCUGUUAAGAUGCUCAAACCCAAUGCUCACUCCACGGAGAAGGAAGCGCUGAUGUCAGAGCUGAAGGUCUUGAGUUACCUUGGAAACCACGUGAACAUCGUCAACCUGCUGGGAGCCUGCACUGUCGGAGGCCCAAUUUUGGUGAUAACAGAGUACUGUUGCUAUGGUGACCUCCUCAACUUCCUGCGCAGAAAGCGAGAGUCCUUCCUCAAUUCCCAAGUUGGCGAUGGUUACUAUCGCAACGUCUUAAACCGAACUGAGUCUACAAGCAAGGAGGCGGUUACAGGAUACAUAACGAUGCGUCCCUCUGAGAAAGAACGGUCCUCACAGUCAGAUGAUGUAGAGAUGUCUCUGGACGCUGAAGAUCUCCUCAGCUUCUCCUACCAGGUGGCUAAAGGGAUGCAGUACAUCACUUCCAAGAAUUGUAUUCACAGAGAUCUGGCAGCCAGAAACAUUCUGCUGACUCACGGCAGGGUAGCUAAGAUCUGUGACUUUGGGUUGGCACGAGACAUCACCACUGAUGCCAGCUACGUGCUGCGGGGAAAUGCUCGUCUGCCAGUCAAAUGGAUGUCUCCUGAGAGCAUCUUCGACUGUGUCUACACCUUUGAGAGUGAUGUGUGGUCCUAUGGCAUCCUGCUCUGGGAAAUCUUCUCCCUGGGUAAUAGCCCGUACCCAGGGAUGCAGGUGGGCUCAGAAUUUUAUAGGAGGAUUCAAGACGGCCACAGGAUGACUCGGCCUGAAAUUGCUCCCGUUGAGUUGUAUGACAUGAUGCUGUCUUGUUGGAACCACGAUCCUCUGAAAAGGCCGUCCUUCAGGAAACUGGUGGAGAGGACUGAACUACUACUGUCCGAAAAUACCAAGAACGUGUACCUGACACUGAGUAACGCACCAGGUCGUUCAGAGCAGCAGAGGGCGGCAUCACGGAGGCUGAGCUCUGUCUGCAGCACCACAGCACCCACCCAGCCUUUACUGCAGAGCACGGCUGACGUCUUCCUGGACUACGUCUAA